AUGGACCUUUCACCUGCCUCUCAACCUCCACGCGCAACAGAUCUUAACUACGACAGGCGUCCUGCGGCGCGGAAUCGUGGUCUGAUUACUGGACUCGAAAACGGCAACCGUGACGCCUUUGGCGGUCGCUCGGAAGAUGACAAUUUUCCAUCCGUGGAGGAAAUGAUGUUUGCUUUCAAAGAUUCAGGGAAGCCAAACGGGCGGACUCAGGCAUGA